AUGCCUGCAUUUCUCAGUAACUUAACAAAUGACUCUAGCCUAUGGAAAGAAAAUCAUAAUUCGACAGACCUUUUAAAUCCGCCAGGAACUCUGAAUAUCUACCUUUUUUGCCUGACGUGCUUAAUGACUCUUGCAGCCCUGGCAGGCAGCAUUUAUUCACUAGUUUCCCUGCUGAAAAUGCAGAACAGAACUGUAGUGUCCAUGCUUGUGGCUUCCUGGUCUGGGGAUGAUCUCAUGAGCGUCCUGUCGGUCACCAUCUUCCUGUUUCUGCAGUGGCUAACCGAAGUCCCUGGCUACUUCCAAUCUCUGUGUACCACCUCUGCCUUACUGUAUUUAUGGCAGGGCCUCUCAAGCAACUUGAAGGCGACUCUCCUAGUUUCAUACAACUUUUACGCGAUGCGCAGGACUGUAGGGAGCCAGGCAGCCUCCAGAAGAUCCCGGCAAGUGCUCGGCGUGGCGCUGACCCUGUGGGCAGUCAGUCUGCUGCUCUCCGCGCUCCCGCUGUGUGGCUGGGGCGCCUUUGUGCGCACGCCUUGGGGCUGCCUGGCAGACUGCUCCAGCUCCUACGUGCUGCUCCUCUUCGCUGUGUACAUUUCGGCUUUUGGACUCCUCGCUGGCCUCUCGGUCCCGCUUACCCACCAACUGCUGUGUUCGGAGGAGCCACUGAGACUCUACGCCAACUACCAGGAAAUUUCCCGUGGAGCUUCCACUCCCGGGACCCCUCCAACUGGGGAGAGAGUGCUCUCCCUGUCCCCAGAUGAUGCUCUGGGUCCUGCCCUGCGUUGCUCUGCGGGAUGCUCCCCGAGCUCGGACACCGUGUUUGGACCGGGUCCUCCCCCGAGGACCGGGGUGGGGCAAGGGCUGGAGCGCGGUGCCAACGGGGCCGCAGCCUGCAGGAGUGAGAACCGGGGCACUCUAUGUGGCACCAGGAGCUUCACCGUGAGCGUGGCACAGAAGCGAUUCUCUUUGAUCCUAGCGCUGACAAAAGUCACCCUUUGGCUGCCCAUGAUGAUCAACAUGGCGGUCCAGUACAUGGUGGGGUUUCAGAGCCUUCCCUUUGAGACACUCAGCUUUCUACUAACCCUCCUGGCUACCACUGUAACCCCUGUAUUUGUCUUGUCCAAACGCUGGACCCACUUGCCCUGUGGCUGCAUCAUCAACUGUAAGCAGGAUGCAUAUGCAAUGGCAUCAGAUGGGAAAAAAAUCAGGAGGAGAGGCUUUGAAUUCAAUCUAUCAUUCGAACAAAGUUAUGGAAUUUAUAAAAUAGCACAUGAAGAUUACUAUGAUGAUGAAGAAAAUUCUACUUCCUCUCUCAAUCUCAUGAACUAUGAAUGCAAAACUACAAAAGACUCUCAGAGAGACACGCAUAAAGUCUUCAAUACCAUAAAAGUGGAAAUCAGCACUAUGCCUUCUCUGGACAGCUCCACAUUAAAAGGCAUCAACAAAUGCACUAAUACUGAUAUUACAGAGGCUAAACGGGAUGCCUACAAUGAAAAGGGCGUUGAUCCACUGCUCCUUAAAGAAACAGAAGGUGAUAUUCACUAUGAAGAAACCACAUUUUUGGAAGGGCCAGAAAGAAGACUUUCUCAUGAAGAGAGUCAGAAACCAGACCUUUCAGACUGGGAAUGGUGCAGGAGUAAAUCAGAAAGAACCCCUCGUCAGCGUUCCGGUGGUGCCCUUGAGAUUCCCUUGUGUGCAUUUCAGGGGACUGUGUCUCUUCAAGCCCCUACAGGGAAAACCCUAUCUCUUUCUACCUAUGAGGUAAGCACAGAAGGACAAAAAAUAACCCCAGCCUCUAAGAAAAUAGAAGUCUACCGAUCCAAAAGUGUUGGCCAUGAACCAAACUCAGAAGAUUCUCCCUCCACAUUUGCAGACACCAGUGUGAAAAUACACUUGGAAGUUCUUGAAAUUUGUGAUAAUGAAGAGGCCUUGGACACUGUGUCAAUCAUUAGCAACAUCAGCCAGUCCUCCACACAGGUCAGAUCUCCAUCCCUACGCUACUCACGGAAAGAAAACAGAUUCGUUUCAUGUGAUUUAGGGGAAACAGCCUCAUACUCUCUCUUUUUACCCACAAGUAAUCCUGAUGGUGAUAUUAACAUCUCAAUUCCAGACACUGUUGAAGCACACAGGCAGAACAGUAAAAGGCAGCAUCAGGAGAGGGAUGGCUACCAGGAGGAAAUUCAGUUGUUAAAUAAAGCUUACAGGAAAAGAGAGGAAGAAGGCAAGGGUACCUAG